AAUAAUGUUUGACGGCUGACGGGCAUAAACAAAAAAUAGUCUUUCCAAAGUUUGUGUGUGAACAUGGCGGUCGGUAAAAAUAAAGGCCUCUCGAAAGGCGGAAAGAAAGGUGUUAAGAAGAAGAUUGUAGACCCGUUCACACGCAAGGACUGGUACGAUGUCAAGGCACCGUCGAUGUUCAACAAGAGACAAGUCGGCACGACCCUCGUCAACCGUACUCAGGUAAAUUAUCAUAAAUUUUUGACUAACCUCAAAACGUUAUGUUGAACUUGUAUCGCGUGG